AUGCGUCUCCUAGCUUCAGGACCCCUCAGAUCAAUAGCUGCUGCUGCUACGACCAGCAGGCAGCUUCGUCUGAUUGCUGCACACCAGCAGCAGCAGCCGCACCUGCAGCCGCACCAGCAGCUAUGGCACCAUGAGAUAGCAGCAAUGCUUCCGUCUUCUUUAGCUCACCGCUUUUGUCGCCUCGGGUGGCAGCAACCGAAGCGACUGCUAGGGAGCAGCAGCAGCAGAAACACCAGUAAGAUCUCGACUGAGAGCAGCAGUGAAAAUCUGUGCGCGCGUAGGCCGCUGCGAUCAGCUGCAAAGGGCUACACCCAAGGUUUGGAAGCAGCAACAGGUGAAACAGGAGCAACUGAUGCUGCAGCAGCGGCUGCUGCUGCGCACGCGUCGCUGUGCAGCAGACUAACCAACUUGAGCCGAGCCUAUUAUUCUGGGGAGGAGCCGCUCGCCUCAGAUGAGGAGUUUGAUGCCUUGUGGCUUCAGCUGAAGAGGCUGGAACAGAAACAUCCGCAACUGCGUCGCCCAGACAGCCCGCUGCAGCGCAUCGGCGCGGGGCUUGUAGCGGGAGCAGCACCACAACCAGCAGCAGCAGCAGCAGCCUGUGAACACAUCUCUCCAGUGCUCUCCUUAGAAAGCGUCCAUUCGCCUGCAGAGGCCAAUAGCCUCUUCCGCAAGCUCGACAGGUUCGUUAUUAAGGCGCUGCAGCCUGGGCCCAAGACCUCUACGGGCCGAAGACGCCGGCGAGAAGACACUACACAGGCUGAUGCUGCAGCAGCAGCAGCAGCUGGUGCUGCUGCUGCUCGAGUCUCCGGCGAAUCAGACAGCACACCAGCAGCAAUGGAGACAUCAGCGGAUGCGUUUGCUGCAGCGCUGCUGAUGGAGCCUAAAAUCGAUGGGCAGAGCGUUUCCCUUACAUACGAACUUAUUGGCGGCAGCACCAGCAGCAGCAGCAACAGCGGCAGCAGCAGCAAUGCCGACAGCAGCAGCAGCGACAGCAACAGGAGCAGAGUUGUGGCUCGAUACCGCUUGGUGAGGGCCUUGACGCGAGGCGACGGGAGACAGGGUGAAGAUAUAACGGCGAAGGCACUGCAGUUGGGGAGGAGAGGAUCUCUGCCCCUUGAGAUAGAAGUCUCACCAGCAGCAGCAGUAGCGAGCGCAGCAGCAGCAGCAGCAGCACGUGCAACAGCAACAGAGGCAACAGAAGGAGCAGCAGCUGGCACAGCAGCGUCGAGGGUGCUGGAUGGGUUCAUAGCCUCCCCGCAGCGGCUGGAGGUGAGGGGGGAGGCGUUCGUGAGCUUGUCUUCUCUCUUGCGUCUAAAUCGAGACAGAAAAGCGAAGGCAUUGAAGCCAUUUGCGUCUUCCAGACAUGCCGUCGUAGGGCUGCUGCGCCGUCUUGAGAUAGCCGGCGAGGAAGAUGGAGAUGCCGUCCGCUUUUGCGCCUACGGGCUUGUGGGGGCCCCGUGCCGUGCGGUAUCUGUACACCCCAUGAGUCGGAAGGAGGAGAGCAGAACCAUUCGCGUAACAGCAGGUGCUGCUGCUGCGGCUGCUGCUGCUGCGGUGGGUGCUGCUGCUGCUGGGGUGUCUACGCAGCUAGAGUUGCUGCAGAGGCUGCAGCAGUGGGGCUUCGACGUCCCACUUCCGCACACUCUUUUGGUGAACAGCUAUCAGGAGGCUCUGAGGGCCUUUCAGGAGCAAAGCCGGGCCCACGCGGUGUACGUCUCCCAGUUGCAGGGCAUCCUGCGUGGAGGUUCAGCAGAGGCAGCAGCAAAUGCAGCAGCGGGCGCUGCACGUGCUGCGGCUCCUUGUGCUGCGGCUGUCGCAGGAGCGCCUAGUCGUGGCGACGCAACAGCCGGUGCUGCAGCUGCUGUUGGUGCAGUUGCAGCAAAGGGGCCGAGGGGAUGUAGACAUCCUGUGCCGCUGGAAGAUAUCCCUUGCGAUGGUGUUGUGUAUAAAUUGAAUGUGCUGCAUCUACAACAGCAGCUAGGCAGCACCUCGAGGGCACCUCGUUGGGCAUUUGCUUUGAAGUUUGCAGCAGCAGCAUCAACGACGACGGUGUUGGGGGUGGAGUGGACUGUGGGGUCUUCAGGUGUAUGUACACCUGUGGCGCUGCUGCAGCCGGUGCUACUUGGAGGCGUCUCUCUCUCGCGAGCUUCUUUGCACUCUCCGCAGGAGCUGCGACGCAAGGACGUCCGUGUGGGGGACCGGGUGUACGUACAGCUGAAGGGGGAGUCGGUGCCGCAGAUUGCAGGUGUAGAUAGGCAAGCCAGAACCAGGGAGACAGCGCCUGUCUCCCUCCCAACCUGCUGUCCCUCUUGCGGCAGAACCCUCAUGGAACGGCCAAUGCCCACUGACAAAAAAACCCGAAACCCGAAGCAUCAACGAUCAGCUCCCGGAACAACAGAAGGAGAUGCAUCCGCAACUCCUGCUGCUGCUGCUACCUGUGGCAGGGAGUCGGCUGAGCAGCAACAGGAGCAGCAGCAGACUCCAUUUCAGGGAGUGCUGUGGUGUCCUGGAGGGUGGGCUUGCGGCGCUCAGCGUUUGCAGCGUCUGCUUCGUUUUUUUUCUCGUGAGGGCGUUGCGGUGUCUGGGCUGGGGCCCCGUGCGUUGGAAGUGUUGAUUGCUCGAGGGUGUUUGGGGGCCCCUAGCGACGCCUUCUACUUGGAGGAGCAGGACCGGCAGCGGGUGGCAGCCGGGGAGCUGGGGCUGGCGGACUGGCCGGGGUGGGGCCCCCAGGCUCGUGACGCGUUGUUUCAAGAGAUUGAACAAGUGCGCACCAAAGGCGUGCUGCUGCAGCAGCUGCUCUUUGCCCUGGGGGUCCCAGGCAUGGGAAAGAAAGCAGCUGCAGCGGUGGCGCAGCAGGCGAAAACCCUCAGCGGCUUUCUUGCAAUCUUAGACAGCCUUCGAGGCCCCCCCAACCAAACCCCACGCAAAGCUCAAGAGCAGGGGAACCCAAUCAACACAAACCCACAAGGUCAAGCCCAGCGAAUCCACGAGCCAUCACAUACAGCUGCACAGUAUGUUAAAACCGCAACGAACCACGCAGAAAUCAAAAACAAUGCAGAGCCGCAGCCAGUUGACGAGCCUCAGGGCGGAACUGUCACUCAUGAGGGCCUUUCAGUCCCCCAGGAAGGCACGGGGGGGCCCCCGGAAGGCAUGGGGGUCGCUCCGGGUUUGGACACUGAUUGGGUUGGUGGUAUUGAGCCGGCGUUGCUGGAGGAGUUGCGCACGUUUGCGCAAGACGGGCGGAACCGACAGCAACUGCUGCAGGUGGCAAAAGCACUGCCUGUACACCCCGUGGCAGGAGCAGGGGGAGGAGGAGAGGCUUCAAAUUUAGCCUGA